AAUGAACGCCUUCGCGAGGAGCGAGAAUACUUGGCAGCAGCACUAGCCCGAUAUCCUGACUGGCCAGGUUCACCUGUUCAUUUCGGACCAAGAGCUUCAUUUGAAGACCAUGACUUUCCUGAUGCCGCUGAAGCUACAACUUUUUCCCUGAAUGAACACGACUUUGAUGAGUUGGUCACGCCGUCCGUAUCGCCGGGUCUUUCAUAUGCUUCCAUGGAGUCAGUUCUUCAAGUAGCCUCGCUUGGACGGACUCGUAGUCAGACCGGACAGUCGGACAGUCUUUCUUCGCGACGCCAGACUCUGCGCACCCCGACGGGUAUUUUAACGCCUCGUGCCCUCCUUGACCAUCUGAAUCUGAUUGGAAAGAUCCUGCGCCUUGAGGUCACUGUUGGAAAACGAAAAUGGCGAUUUCGUGACCUUUGCAAGAAAGCAGAUCUGCCCAUUGAGUUAAAUGGGCACUACCUGCAGGUCGGCCAGUGUCAUAAGCUUUUAUGUAAUUAUCAUUGUCAUUCGCUAAAGUUAACUUAG